GGCGGGGACUAUUGGGUACUUGGACCCUUGCUAUGUGACCCCUGACAAUUUGAGUACUAAAACUGAUGUUUUUAGCUUUGGGAUUUUGUUGUUGGAGAUUCUAAGUGGUAGGAAAGCCAUUGAUGUUGCGUAUUCUCCACCUUGUAUUGUCGAUUGGGCGAUUCCACUUAUAAAGAGAGGGAAGCUGAUAACUGUUUAUGAUCCAAGAAUUGAACCUCCUAAAGACCCUAUUGUGAGGAAGCAGUUGGCUGUCAUUGCAGCCAAGUGUGUGAGGUCUUGUAGGGAGCGUAGGCCAUCGAUGAAAGAGGUGGUGGUUUGGCUUACUGGGUUGAGUAAGUUGGUCCCCCUGCAUUCAUGGAAUGGUUUUAAUAAUCCAUGUAUAAUGGUAGAGACUAUGGGACAACCGGUUGAAUCAAGGAAUGCCCAUUUCCGUUCAAAGCUAGAGGGUGUUGGUGAAGAGAAUUUGGAAGCCUUGGAUGCUAAAUUGACUAGGCAAGCCCUGAGGAAUUCCCGCAGAGUUUACUCUGAUUUGGGGUUUAGUAGCAACCUGAUGGAGCUUAUGGCAGGUACUGAUGGAGAGUCUGAAUUUCGGGGUAAUGCAGAUGGAGAUGAGCCCAAUUUAAAAUCAGGGAAUCGGGUUUCUAGAUUUGGUAGUGAAAGAUAUGUUGGUAGAAGGAGUGCUCAAUCAACUCCUGGUCGUGGGAAAGAAGUGCCUGAUUUGAUCCGAAAUCCUUCAUUUGGGAAAAGAUCAUUUAUAUGUUCAAGGAGAGAUGAUGCAAUGCCUCAUGUGAGUGGUAGUUCCCAUCCAGCUGGUGGUAUACUGCUGGCUGCAUAAAUAUUAUUUGAAGUGAAUAGAAUGGAUUGGAGUUCAUGUAAGCUUUCUUGCUUGCAAAUUUUACAUUGAUUUAGAUUUGUUGGUAUCUCAUUUAUUCUGGGUUUUAUUGCCUGACCUCUUGUGUAUUCAUUAAUUUGUUCAUGAGCUGUUAAUUACAUGACAGUAAAGGGCACAUUUCUGAUGUUCCAAUUUUAAGUUGUUGAUCGUUUUUGUU